GAUUCCGUACUAUCAGACGCCGGGACCUCGAAGCCGGAUUCGCCGUAUGGAUCUCCGACCGGGAGGAGCCCCGCUGUCAUCCCGACUCCGGACUUGGGCCACCUCAUAGUGUAUGCCGGCAACGACAUGGGUCAGCCCACUCCCAGCCUAUUGGACAAUAUGAUCAACAUGACACACAUAAGAUUCCUCGUGCACUUCUCUCUAGUACUCGCCGUGCCGGAGCUCGGCCCCAGUCUUAUCGAACGAAACACCCAGCUCAUCCUCAAGACAGGGUCCGACGCCCCGUACCUCAUGCACGAAAUCCUCGCCCUGUCUGCUCGGCAUAUGUCGAUCCUCGAGCCAGAAAACGCAAUGGAAAUCCUACACGACGCAGUCCAGCUACAAACAAGAGCGCCCAGCUGCGUCCCUCUGGUCCUGUUCUCGGCCAUCCUCGGCCGUCAUCUCUGUGUCGACGCACUUGCGUUCCGUAGCACCAAUCUAGAUCCGUUCAUCGACUGCUACGUCAACUUCGCCAGGAUCCGUAGAGGCGUGAGGGUGAUUGUCAGUCGCGCCUGGGCAUUGCUCAAGACCUCGGAGCUUGUCCCUCUGAUGUCGUGGGGUCUGGGGUUGAGUUGGCUGAAAGGUGUCGGUCCCGAUUGUGAUAGCAUCUUGGAUUUGAUAUCUGCAUCGCCGAACAUUUCGGCCGCUGACAAGGAAAUUUACAUGCACGCUGUCGACCUUAUACAAGUCGCACUAGAUGAUCUAGACACCAGGGUAUUUCUGGGUCGAAAGUACUUGAUUCAAAUGGUCUUUUCCUGGUCGCUGAUGGUCUCAGAGGACUACACUCGAAAGCUAUCCGAAAGAAAGCCCGAAGCGAUAGCUGUACUGGCUUACUAUGCUGCUAUUUUACAUCUGGCGCGGGACCUUUGGCAGAUUGGCGAUUCAGGGGCAUACCUGUUGCAGGUAAUUUGCCAGCAUCUGGGAGAUGAAUGGGCCGAGCGGCUGAUAUUACCCCGCAAGAUUCGGGCAAUGUUGGACAAAAGAGGGUCAGUGAAGCUGUCACAUUGCGAGACAUGUCCUAUAGACCUUUUCAACCCCAUGUUCAACUGA